UGAAGGCUCUCGUCUUCAUUGCUGCUACCGCUCUCUCUCUCUCUCUCUCUCUCUGUGAUGGAGGCUUUAGGUGCGUCAGCCCCCCUUCUCCGCUCCUGCAAAACCCUAAGACCCCUCUUCUCUCGCUCUCUGAACCCACGCUUUCUCCCCUCUCAGAGAAGAGUUUGGUUUUCAUGUUUGUUUCAUGGCAAUUCCGCGACGUUCGGUCUCUGGAAUUCGAUUUCAAUAUCUGGAAUUAUGGCUGGAAAAUUGGGCUUUAGGGCUUCAAAUGUUCCUCGAACGGCCUCUAUUUCAGGAAUAGGAGUAGGAGCUGGAAAUGGAGGAGAGAGAAGAGGUGGAGAUGGAGGAGGAGGAGGUGGCGGCGGUAAUGGCGGAGAUGAGUUUCAGGUCGAGAGAGUGAGAGCUGAAGAAGCUGUGAAGCGUUCUGAUGUCAUUAUACUCGAUGUUGGGGGGAUGUCUUGUGGAGGAUGUGCUGCAAGUGUGAAACGUAUAUUAGAAAGUCAACCCCAAGUAUCUUCUGCUUCGGUCAACCUUGCUACAGAGAUAGCAGUAGUAUGGGCUAUCCCAGAAGUUCAAGUUACGCAGAAUUGGCAACAGCAUUUGGGAGAGAUUCUUGCCAGUCACUUGACAAGUUGCGGAUUUAAAUCAAACCUUCGAACAGGUCCUGGACAAAGUUAUAAUAAAAUUUUUGAACAGAGGAGAUUGGAAAGGCUUAGCCGUUUGGAACGAAGUGGUCGUGAGCUUGUUGUGUCAUGGGCAUUAUGUGCAGCUUGCCUUCUCGGACACACGUCUCAUAUGUUUGGUGCCAAUGCGGCCUCAUGGAUACAUGCAUUUCAUUCUACAGGAUUCCACAUGUCAUUGUCUUUGGUUACUUUGCUUGGUCCUGGUCGCCAAAUUAUUCUUGAUGGUAUAAGGAGCCUUUGGAAGGGAGCUCCCAAUAUGAACACUUUAGUUGGCCUUGGGGCUAUGUCUUCCUUUGCAGUCAGUUCUAUUGCCACCUUCAUUCCAAAACUAGGUUGGAGAGCAUUCUUUGAGGAACCAAUUAUGUUGUUGGCUUUUGUUCUCUUGGGAAGAAACCUUGAGCAAAGGGCAAAACUGAAGGCUGUCAAUGACAUGACUGGACUUCUGAGUAUUAUUCCAAAGAAAGCUCGUCUUAUGGUUGAUAGCAAUGUUGUUGAAGUUCCAUGUGAUAGUCUGACUAUAGGAGACAAAGUUGUUGUUCUUCCAGGAGAUCGUGUUCCCAUUGAUGGAAUUGUGACAGCUGGUAGAAGCACUGUUGAUGAAUCCAGUUUCACUGGAGAGCCUCUUCCAAUAACCAAACUCCCAGGGACUGAAGUUACUGCUGGAAGCAUAAAUAUUAAUGGCACACUGACAGUAGAAGUAAAAAGACCUGGAGGUGAGACUGUUAUGGGGGACAUUGUCCGCUUGGUUGAAGAUGCUCAGAAUAGGGAAGCUCCUGUACAACGGCUAGCAGAUAAGGUUGCUGGUCGCUUUACCUAUGGAGUCAUGGCCCUUUCAACUGCUACUUUUCUAUUCUGGAAUUUGUUUGGUUCAAAACUUGUACCAGCUAUCGUCCAGCAAGGAAGCCCAAUUUCACUGGCGUUGCAACUAUCCUGCAGUGUUUUGGUCGUUGCAUGCCCUUGUUCACUUGGCCUGGCUACACCUACUGCUGUACUGGUUGGAACUUCGCUAGGGGCAACUAGGGGAUUGCUUAUACGUGGGGGUGAUGUAUUAGAAAAAUUUGCAUUGGUCAACACAAUUGUAUUCGACAAAACAGGGACUUUGACAGCUGGAAGGCCUGUUGUAACCAAAGUUGUGACUCUGGAACAGGAGCACUUGCACUUUUCUCAGAAUCGUACGUCUUGUACAUGGUCAGAGCAUGAGGUUUUAAGAUUAGCUGCAGCAGUUGAAUCAAAUACAAAUCAUCCCAUUGGUAAGGCUAUUAUUGAAGCAGCCCAAGCUGCUGGUUGUCAAUACGUGAAGGCAACAGAUGGAACAUUUUAUGAGGAGCCAGGAUCAGGUGCAGUGGCUACCGUUGAAUAUAAAAGGGUUGCAGUUGGGACGACAAGCUGGCUUCAGAGACAGGGAGUUGAUAAAGGUUCAUUGCCAAAUCUAGAGGAGAAUAAUCAAUCUGUGGUCUGCGUAGGAGUGGAUGGCACUUUAGCUGGUCUUGUGUAUGUUGAAGAUAAGAUUAGAGAAGAUGCCAAUCAAAUGGUUGAAUCUCUCAGUAAGAAAGGAAUAGAUGUUUACAUGUUGUCUGGUGAUAGAAAACAGACUGCUGAAUAUGUUGCAACCAUGGUCGGCAUUCAGAAAGAAAAUGUGCUUGCUGGAGUGAAACCGGAUGAAAAAAAGAAAUUCAUUGGUGAACUUCAAAAAGAGAAAAGAGUGGUGGCAAUGGUUGGUGAUGGUGUCAACGACGCCGCUGCCCUUGCAUCAGCAGACGUCGGAAUCGCAAUGGGAGGAGGGGUAGGGGUUGCUAGUGAGGUGUCUACUGUUGUACUUAUGGGCAAUAAAUUAUCACAGUUGCUUGAUGCCCUCGAAUUAAGCAGAUUAACCAUGAAGACAAUCGAGCAAAAUCUUUGGUGGGCGUUCACAUACAAUAUUGUUGGCAUACCCAUAGCGGCUGGACUAUUAUUACCAGUGACUGGGACAAUGUUAACCCCAUCCAUUGCAGGAGCUCUAAUGGGCUUGAGCUCAUUAGGUGUCAUGUCAAAUUCGUUGCUUUUGAAGCUCAAGUUUGGACUAAAUUAUAAACCAGAAUAUUCAACUUCACAUCACAAAACUAAGUCUCAGGAUGAUAUCAUUAUUGAGCACAAAAAGAUGGAGGAAGGAUAUCCUGCUAAGUGGAGAAACACAUAAAAGUACUGAUUAUUUAUUUUAUCACUAUCAGGGAAAUAAAACUAAUGCUAUUUAGAGUUUUUUGAUCUGUGAAAAGUAGAAUUCAUUGUUCUUUUUUGUUCGUAUAUUUUGUUAUUUUGUAACCUCACGAAAAAGAAACGAUUCUGGUUCUGUUGUAAUUCUUUGUAAUUUAAACUGAGACGAAAAUUCGGCUCCUUUGGAAGUUCUUCAUUCAAUGCAACAUAGAGUCUUUGAUCUA